AUGGGUGUACAAAAGAAAACCCGCAAGUUCGCCCAGGUGAAACGCACCAUCAAACAGCGCGAUGAGCGCAAGCCGAAAGACGAACUCACAACACAGGCUCCGCAAGCCCCGUCGAACAUGUUCUUUACGGCCAACACCGCUCUCGGUCCUCCCUACCACGUCCUCGUCGAUACCAAUUUCGUCUCCCACGCUAUUCGCACGAAGCAAGAUCUGCUCACAUCUAUGAUGGACCUGUUGUACGCCAAAUGUAUCCCGACGUUUACGGACUGCACGAUUGCGGAGUUGGAAAAACUAGGUGACAAGUUCCGGCUGGCAUUGCGGACGGCCAAGGAUCCGCGAUGGGAGCGAGUGCGGUGCAGUCACUCGGGUACUUAUGCGGAUGACUGUAUUGUCGAUCGGAUAACGAAACAUCGCAUCUACAUCGUGGCGACCAACGAUAAGGACCUCGUUCGACGGAUUCGCAAGAUCCCCGCCGGCGUCCUCGGCCUCACCACCGCCCUCCGUCUCCAACAAGAGACCCAACGCACCCAACAAGUCCUAAUAGUCGCAAGAGACUUCCCCAACACAACCUCACUAAACUAUGCAUCCCCCUGGGCCGGCGCGCACUACCGCCCCGUCCCAGGGUCCACCCCGCAAGCAGUCCGCGAAGAAAAACAAGCCCAGCAAACAUACAAGCACUUCAAGACCCUCGCGGCGCAAGAACCCGGCGCAGGCGUGCAGAUCGUCGACGGCGUCGAGCACCUCGAGAAUCCGCCCGCGGAAUACCUCGACCCGGAGAACAUCCGCAAUGCGUACGCGCAUCUGGACGGCUUCCGCCAGCUGACGGCGGAGGAGUGUCCCGCGCCGACGAAAUGGGGGGUCCGCUACAAGUCGGUGGCGGUCAAUUCGCCUGUUUACUGUGCGUGGCUGCUGCGGCAGUUUGUGCUCAAGGGGGGGCAGGUGAGGGAGUAUACGUUGGGGGAUGUGAUGGAGGCGUUUCAUUUGGCGGGGAAUGUGAAGACGGUGGUUAAUUGUUCGGGGAUGGGAUUUGGGGAUCCGAAGUCGUUUAUCAUUCGAGGCCAAACAUGCCUCGUCCGCAACCCUUGCACAAUGACCCUCACGCGCCAAAACACCGACGGCAGCUGGUCAUUCUGCAUCCCGCGGCCUCUCGGCGGAGGGACCAUAAUUGGAGGCACCAAGCAGCCGCGCGACUGGGAUCCUCACCCGUCUCCGCAAACGCGCGAAACUCUACUCUCCAACGCAGCCAAAUGGUUCCCGUUCACGGCGGAGAGCGGGGGCAAGUUCGACGUGAUCCGCGACAUUGUGGGCCGGCGGCCGGCGAGGGAGGGCGGGAUGAGGAUUGAGGCGGAGAGGGUGGGUGGGGGGAAGGUUGUUGUUCAUGCUUAUGGGGCUGGGGGGAGGGGGUUCGAGUUGUCUUGGGGGGUUGCGGGGGAUGUGUUGGAUAUUGUGCAGGGGAAUGGGCUUUUGCAGAGGGCGUCGUUGUAG